CACGCGCGGGCGUGACGACGGCUCUGGUCGCACAGCACGUGACGCGCGGGCCCCAGCAACGGAGAAGAGCGGGGAGGAGGAGACCGUUUACGAAACGCGCCGAGGCUUGGACCCGUUGCCUGGGGGACUGAACCGAUAAUGGAAACAGAAACUGGCAAUCAAGACAAAUCAAUGGAAGAGGAAAGCACUGAACAGAAGAAAGAGGGAGAAAAAAAGAAGCGGUCAAGAGUGAAGCAGGUGCUUUCAGAUAUUGCUAAGCAAGUGGAUUUCUGGUUCGGGGAUGCCAAUCUUCACAAGGAUAGAUUUCUUCGAGAGCAAAUAGAGAAGUCUCGAGAUGGAUAUGUUGAUAUAUCACUUCUUGUAUCAUUCAACAAAAUGAAGAAAUUGACAACUGAUGGGAAAUUAAUAGCCAGAGCUUUGAAAAGUUCCUCUGUCGUAGAGUUGGAUUUGGAAGGUACAAGAGUAAGAAGGCGCCAGCCCCUGGGUGAGAAACCAAAAGAUGUGGAUGACCGGACUGUAUAUGUGGAAUUGCUUCCCAAGAAUGUCAAUCACAGUUGGAUUGAAAGAGUAUUUGGAAAAUGUGGCAAUGUUGUCUAUAUUAGCAUCCCACAUUACAAGUCCACUGGAGACCCAAAGGGAUUUGCAUUUGUAGAAUUUGAAACAAAAGAACAAGCUGACAAAGCUAUAGAGUUUUUAAAUAAUCCACCAGAGGAAGCACCAAGAAAACCUGGAAUGUUUCCAAAGACAGUGAAAAAUAAACCUAUACCUGCCCUUAAUACUAGUAUCUGUAGAGCUGCUGAGGAAAAGAAGAAAAAAAAGAAAAAGAAGUCACGGAUGAAAAAGGAAGGUGUUCAGGCAGCAAUGGAGACCAAGGAAACAAAUACAGACACCCCUGAUGAACAUGUAGAACAUUUCAGUAAGCUUAAAAGGCACAGGACAACAUCGGAGGGCUCAGAAGCGGGCAGUUCCGAUAUCCAGAGGCCCCCGUGUAAGAAAGAGAAGAAAAAAAAGGAACGAUCUGAAGUGUUGGGUUUACCUGAAGAAAGCAGGGGAGGGAAGAGGAAGAGGAAUAGUUCUGAAGAUGCGGAUACAUUGAUUCCAAGUUCAAAAGUCAAGAAAAGCUCUGUUAAGGAAGAAAGCGCUAAAGAUGAGCAUCCAAAAGCUGAAAUGCCAAAGGAUUGUAAAGACCUAGAAGUCUCUACUGAAGAGGAGAAAGAUGCCGGAGAUAUGAAGGAUGGCUCCCUUUUAAAAUCAAAAAGAAAGCAUAAGAAAAAGCAUAAAGAAAGACACAAAAUGGGAGAGGAGGUCAUACCACUGAGAGUACUAUCCAAGAAUGAAUGGAUGGAAUUGAAAAAAGAGUAUCUGGCUCUACAGAAAGCCAGUAUGGCUUCUUUAAAAAAAACAAUAUCCCAAAUAAAGUCUGAGAAUUUAGGGCAGAUGGACACAGACCCUGGAAUAAAAAAUGGCCAUGCAAACAGUGAAGACAGUCAGCCCCCUGAGAAGAUUAACACAAUGGGACCCCAGUUUGUAAGUGGAGUGAUUGUGAAGAUCAUUAGCACUGAACCCCUGCCUAGCAGGAAACACCUCCGGGAAACCUUGGCAGUGAUAUCUGAAGUUGUUUAUGUUGAUGUGCUAGAAGGAGAUACAGAAUGCCAUGUUAGAUUUAAAACUCCAGAGGAUGCUCAAGCAGUAAUCAAAGCACAUGCAGAAAUUAAAAAGAAAUAUAAUUGGAAAUUCGAGAUCCUCUCUGGUGACCAUGAACAGAGAUAUUGGCAGAAGAUUUUAGUAGAUAGGCAGGCUAAACUUAAUCAACCCCGUGAAAAGAAAAGAGGAACAGAGAAGUUGAUCAACAAAGCUGAAAAAAUCAGACUGGCCAAGACUCAACAAGCAAGUCAACACAUUAGGUUUUCAGAAUAUGAUUGAAAAAAAUUGAAUUCUGCUUUACCUUGAGGACUUAAAAAUUCACUGAAUACUUUUACCAUUCUUAAGAAAUCCAUUUCUUUCUGUUUUCUUUUCAUCAUGGUACUACGGAAUGUUGUUUUAAAGGCCAACCUUUAAUUGAAUUAAAUUUAACUAUUUUGAGCCUGUAGAUAUGGCUUUUCCUUUGAGCUUUUUUUAUUUAGUAUUUUGAAUAAUUUAUGUAAAUCAACUGAACAAAUGACAAAUUAACAAUAAAAUGUGUUUUGGGGA